AAAACAAAACAGAAAUUGCUCAUCUACCACCCGAACACCGGGUGUCUAGAAAGCCAACAAAAAUUGUGAAACCACCAAAAUUAGAUCAAUUUUCAAGUUCCUCUAAAUAUUGAAUCUUCACAUUUGUUUCUUCAAUUCAAUGGCAGAAGUUUCUACAAUCCACCGUUUCCAUAUCCCAACAAUCACUUAUGAUGAUGAUGAUGAAGAGUACCCACAUUCAUUUGCUUUCGAUUUUGAUUCCCUUACUGAUAAUUUCAAUUUUAGCCCCAAUUCUGCACCCGGAUCCCUAGAUUCAGAUUCGGGUCAUUCGGGUUUGCUUGCAGACCCGAAUUCCUUUAUCGUUGAUGAAGACCAAAUGAAUUUCGUUACAGAUAUGUUCGUUACAGAGGAUAGGGUUUUCACUGAGGAUUUUGGAUCUGAUUUUGAUGGGCUUGAUUCGGGUGAUGGGCUUCGGGUUGUGGGUGUCGGGCCGGAUUCUGGGGAUAUUGAUGAUCAAAAUGAUGACUUGGGUGUUAAUGGUUUUUGGAAUUGUCUAAGGAUUGAUGAUGAUGAACAGAGGGAUUUGAAUGAUGAUUUCGAGUGGGAAGAAGUUAAUGAAAGGGGUGAAGAGAGAGAUUAUUUGAGUUCUGUAAUUGAUGGUAUUGAAGAAAUAUCAGUUUCUUCAGAUAACUCGAAUUCGGAUUCAAUUGAUGAGCCAGUGAGGAAUUUAGAAUGGGAAGUUUUGUUGGCGGUUAAUAGUAUCGAAAGGAGCCUCGAAUUCGAUGGAAAUGAUGAUGAGAUUGAUCAUGAUGCAUUGAUUGGGCAAUUUCUUGAAAAUGAAGGGACUUUAAAGGGUAGUCCACCAACAGCUAAAAAUGUUAUUGAAAAUCUUCCUUUAGUGGAAUUAAAGGACAAAGAAAACAACACGGCGUGUGCCGUUUGUAAAGAUGAGAUUUUGGUUGUGGAGAAGGUGACUGAGCUUCCUUGUUCUCAUUAUUACCAUUUGGACUGUAUUUUACCUUGGUUAAAUAUACGCAAUACAUGCCCUGUUUGUCGCUAUGAGUUACCUACGGAUGAUACUGAUUAUGAAAGGAGGAAAAUUGGAAGGCGUAAUGGUGCUAGAGCUGAAGUUGGUAAUGAUUUUCAGGUUAGAUACAAUUUUGAAAUUGUCCCUUGAGGCUUUUUCGUGUUCCUAUACAGAGUUCAUAGGAUGUGCAUAUUCCCUUAGUGGUGAGUAUGUUGAUUCUUUUUAUAGACUGUUCUUUUUUUUUUUUUUUUAAUGUAUGUUUGUAAGUUUUCCAGUUUGUAUGACAGUAUGAGAUUUAUACUUGCUGUAAUUUUACCGUUAGUCAGUGCUACAAAGUAAAAGGAAUAUUGAGUCAUUAAUACUACUAUAGAGAUUGAUUAAAGUUUGAAAC